AUGACCAAAGAUCUGAUGCUGACUGUUCUCAAAACUGGGAAAACUGCGAAGGAUUUAUGGAAUCAUCUCAAACGUCUCUUCCAAGACAACAAAGGAAACCGCGCUUCCAGCCUUGAAAGUAAGUUCGUAAUUCUAAAAUUUAUUGACUGUAACAACGUUGAUGAUUAUUGUGAUAAGCUACAGGCACUCUCCGAUCGAUUGAGUGACCUCGAGUUUCCAAUGGAUGAAAAACGACUGGUUAUCCAACUUGUCAAUGGACUUCCGGAGGAAUAUAAUACUGUUGCCUCUUUCAUUGAACAAUCGAUGCCAUCUUUUGACACUGCUCGAUCUCAACUACGCACUUAA